UUCUGCCAGUGUUAUUUUACAGCGUUGCAAAGAGAUAAAAGCCAGACAGAAGAAAGUACUUUAGCUUUGAUUAGGGAUUUUUUUUUCUGUCCCUGUGACCGUACACUACCCAAUUCUGACAGCUUUGCAUGAGUCUAGCAGAAAAUCGAGGGAUUCACUGUUAUUCGUUAACUUGUAGAGGUCCAGACCCGUCCACAUCAAAUGGUGAGGUCCCCACUUUCGACUUCAGCUGUUGCUAAAUCUGUGACCCUUUUAAUGAAAUCCAAGGAUCUCAGCUUUAAAAAAGUUAAAAUAAAAUAAAAACAAGAUGUUUCUCGAAGCAGUUUGAAACACCUCUCUGAGGUGUCGGAGAUUGUUUUUGUUUUCUCCCUUUGCCCUUCUUGGAAUGCACCAAACAUAAAAGCAUUUUUUUCAAGCUUUACUUUCACUUUCGAGAGUGCCGCCUAUUUGCCACACACUUCCCUGAUGAAAUGUCUGGAUUUGGACUAAAGAAAAAAGGAAUGGCCAGCAGUCAUCCAAUAAGAUUGAGCGGCGCAUAUCGAUGCAGACCAGAAUGAGAGUGUGAGAAAGGGGAAUUGAAGGAGUAGAAGAAGCAGAAGUAUACUGGUGAUUACUGGCGUCCAUGUGUGAAGAAGGACACAAAGAAGCAGGCUGAAGGGAUGGCAACAUGACCAGUUGAGGAACUGAAACGACAGGAGGGUGAGGGGCUGAAGUGGAUAGGGGAAGGCCUGCAGAAUUACAGCAGAAUCAUGAGACAGACUUUGCCUUAUAUCUACUUUUGGUGGGGACUUUUGCCCUUUGGGAUGCUGUGUGCAUCCUCCACCAACAAAUGCACUGUUAGCCAAGAAGUUGCUGACUGCAGCCACCUGAAGUUAACUCAGGUACCCGAUGAUCUCCCCACAAACAUAACAGUGUUGAAUCUUACCCAUAAUCAACUCAGAAGAUUACCAGCCGCCAAUUUUACAAGAUAUAGCCAACUAACUAUCUUGGAUGUAGGAUUUAACUCCAUCUCAAAACUGGAGCCAGAAUUGUGCCAAAAACUUCCCAUGUUAAAAGUUUUGAACCUCCAGCACAAUGAGCUAUCUCAACUGUCUGAUAAAACCUUUGCCUUCUGCACGAAUUUGACGGAACUCCAUCUCAUGUCCAACUCAAUCCAGAAAAUUAAAAAUAAUCCCUUUGUAAAGCAGAAGAAUUUAAUCACAUUAGAUCUGUCUCAUAAUGGCUUGUCAUCUACAAAAUUAGGAACUCAGGUUCAGCUGGAAAAUCUCCAAGAGCUUCUAUUAUCAAACAAUAAAAUCCAGGCACUAAAAAGUGAAGAACUUGGUAUCCUUGCCAAUUCAUCUUUAAAAAAGUUAGAGUUGUCAUCGAAUCAAAUUAAAGAGUUUUCUCCAGGGUGUUUUCACGCAAUUGGAAGAUUAUUGGGCCUCUUUCUGAACAAUGUCCAGCUGGGUCCCAGCCUCACAGAGAAGCUAUGUUUGGAAUUAGCAAACACAAGCAUUCGGAAUCUGUCUCUGAGUAACAGCCGGCUGUCCACCACCAGCAAUACAACUUUCUUGGGACUAAAGUGGACAAACCUCACUAUGCUCGAUCUUUCCCACAACGACUUAAAUGUGAUUGGUAACGAUUCUUUUGUUUGGCUUCCACAUCUAGAAUAUUUCUUCCUGGAGUAUAAUAAUAUACAGCAUUUGCUCUCUCACUCUUUGCACGGGCUUUUCAAUGUGCGGUACCUGAAUUUGAAACGGUCUUUUACUAAACAAAGUAUUUCCCUUGCUUCGCUCCCCAAGAUUGAUGAUUUUUCUUUUCAGUGGCUCACAUGUUUGGAGCACCUUAACAUGGAAGAUAAUGACAUUCCAGGCAUAAAAAGCACUAUGUUCACAGGAUUGAUAAGCCUGAAAUACUUAAGUCUAUCCAACUGCUUUACAAGUUUGCAAACUUUGACAAAUGAAACAUUUGCGUCACUCGCUCACUCUCCCUUACACACACUCAACCUAACCAAGAAUAAAAUCUCAAAAAUAGAGAGUGGUGCCUUCUCUUGGUUGGGCCACCUACAAGUACUUGACCUGGGCCUUAAUGAAAUUGGGCAAGAACUCACAGGCCAGGAAUGGAGUGGUCUAGAAAAUAUUUUCGAAAUCUAUCUUUCCUACAACAAGUACCUGCAACUGACUAAGAACUCCUUUGCCUUGGUUCGAAGCCUUCAACGACUGAUGCUCCGAAGGGUGGCCCUUAAAAAUGUGGAUUGCUCUCCUUCACCAUUCCGGCCUCUUGGUAACCUGACCAUUCUGGAUCUAAGCAACAACAACAUAGCCAACAUAAAUGAUGACAUGUUGGAAGGUCUUGAGAAACUAGAAAUUCUGGAUUUGCAGCAUAACAACUUAGCGCGGCUCUGGAAACACGCAAACCCUGCUGGUCCUGUUUAUUUUCUAAAGGGUCUGUCUCACCUCCACAUCCUUAACUUGGAGUCUAAUGGCUUUGACGAGAUCCCAGUUGAGGUCUUCAAGGAUUUAUGUGAACUAAAGAUCAUUGAUUUAGGAUUGAAUAAUUUAAACACACUUCCAGCGUCUGUCUUUGAUAAUCAGGUGUCUCUAAAGUCAUUGAACCUUCAGAAGAAUCUCAUAACAUCAGUUGAGAAGAAGGUUUUUGGGCCAGCUUUCAGGAACCUGAGUAACUUAGAUAUGCGCUUUAAUCCCUUUGAUUGCACAUGUGAAAGUAUUGCCUGGUUUGUUAAUUGGAUUAACAAGACCCAUGCCAACAUCCCUGAGCUGUCAAGCCACUACCUUUGCAACACUCCACCCCACUAUCAUGGGUUCCCAGUGAGACUUUUUGAUACAUCAUCCUGCAAGGACAGUGCCCCCUUUGAACUCUUUUUCAUGAUCAAUACCAGUAUCCUGUUGAUUUUUAUCCUUGUUGUACUUCUCAUCCACUUUGAGGGCUGGAGGAUAUCUUUUUACUGGAAUGUUUCAGUACAUCGAGUUCUUGGUUUCAAAGAAAUAGACAGACAGACAGAACAGUUUGAAUAUGCAGCAUAUAUAAUUCACGCCCACAAAGAUAAGGAUUGGGUCUGGGAACAUUUCUCUUCAAUGGAAAAGGAAGACCAAUCUCUCAAAUUUUGUCUGGAAGAAAGGGACUUUGAGGCAGGUGUUUUUGAACUGGAAGCAAUUGUUAACAGCAUCAAAAGAAGCAGAAAAAUUAUUUUUAUUAUAACACACCAUCUAUUAAAAGACCCAUUAUGCAAAAGAUUCAAGGUACAUCAUGCCGUUCAACAAGCUAUUGAACAAAAUCUGGAUUCCAUUAUAUUGAUUUUCCUUGAGGAGAUUCCAGAUUAUAAACUGAACCAUGCACUCUGUUUGCGAAGAGGAAUGUUUAAAUCUCACUGCAUCUUGAACUGGCCAGUUCAGAAAGAACGGAUAGGUGCCUUUCAUCAUAAACUGCAAGUAGCACUCGGAUCCAAAAACUCAGUACAUUAAAUUUAUUUAAAUAUUCAAUUAGCAAAGGAGAAACUUUCUCUAUUUAAAAAGUUCCAUGGCAAAUUUAAGUUUUCCAUAAAGGUGUUAUCAUUUGUUUAUUCAUAUUUGUAAGUGAUUAUAUUCUAUCACAAUUAUAUCUCUUCUAGGAAAAUGUAUCUCCUUAUUUCAGGCCUAUUUUUGACAACUGACUAAAUUGUACCCAAAAUAAACACAGAAGCACAUAA